AUGAGCGAUUUUGAGCCCACGAGUUACGGUUUGAGUGAUACCUUCCGUCUGACCAGCUACGGCGACUUGAAGGAAUCCAAGGGCUGCAAGGUACCCGAAAGAGUGGUUUCGGAGCUAUUGGAUACAUUUGCUGCCGACUCCUCGACCACCUCAGGCGGCCAGCAGCAGAAAUCGAAGCUGGAGCAGAUGCUGCUCCAAAUGAACAUCAACCCCCGCUCGCCGGGCGAAGGAGUGCAGCACCACUUGACUAUCGAGUGCCGGUAUCCGAUCAUCGACGAUCCCUACACCAUGGGGAAAAUCAUCUGCGCCGAGGCGGUCGGCGAUCUCUACGCUAUGGGCAUCACUGAGUGCGAGCAGUUGAUGAUGCUGGUGUGCUGGCCCCCUCGGAUGACUGCUGACGAGUUCAAUUUGGUGUUCGAGCUGAUGGAGCAGGGCUUCAAGGAUUGCUUUAGAACCACCGGCCCGAUGGUGAUUUGGGCCCAGUACGCCCAUCACAGGAACUGGUUCAUCGCAGGCGGAUUGGCCUCGGCCUACUGGUCGAAGCGCCAUCUGCUGGAACGCGGCAACGCUGUGGAUGGCGAUGUCCUGGUACUGACCAAGCCCCUGGGCACGCAGGUGGCUAUCGAUGCCUAUGGGUGCAUCGGUCAGCCGGACCGCUGGGAGCGCUACAAGAAUGUCGUCUCCGAAAACGAUGUCGAUAUAGCCUACCAGCAGGCCGUCCGGUUGAUGUGUCACCUCAAUCGCAAGGCCGCUCGACUCAUGCACUUGCACAAUGCCCAUGGAGCCAUCGCCGUGUCCGGGAGGGGUCUGCUAGCUCACGCCAAGACGCUGGCUCUGCUCCAAAAGCAGUCAGUGUCGUUUGUCAUUGACACUCUGCCGGUGAUCGCCAAUAUGGCAGCCGUAGCUAAAGCAGUCGAUGGCGCCGACAACUGCCCCCUGCUGCAGGGUCGUUCUGCCGAGACCUCGGGUGGUCUGCUCAUCUGCAUGUCCUAUGAGGAGGCCGUUUUCUACUGCAAGUUUAUCAAGGCAGAGGAUGACCACCUGGCCUGGAUCAUCGGCACUGUCCAGAGUGGCCCAAGGGAAGCUACCAUCAUCGAUAACGUUACAAUCAUCGAGGUUCCUGACAGAACUUGA